AUGUUAAUUGUUUCAACAGGAGAUCAACAUGGCCUAGUUUUGGCUGUUUUAGCUAUUGUUGCAUUUGUUUUAUUCCACAAAUCAAAUCAUCGUUUCGCUUUCCAUUUUGACAUUGUAAUUUUAGCAGCAUGUGCAGGUAUUACAUUCGCAUUUUCAUCAAAUUCAGUAGUAACACAAUUCGAAUAUAUGUUUGAUUUAGCUGUUUCAGCAUUGGUUGGAGGCUGUGCAUUGUAUGCUUUACAAAAGGGUCAAAAAUAUAUUGUAUAUGGUUAUUUAAUUCAUGCAAUUUGGGAUUUAUUACAUCAUAGUUUUUUCCAUGUUGCAACCACUAAGACUCCAUAUUGGUAUCCAACUUUUUGUAUGGUUUAUGAUUUCUUUGUUGCUUUUUAUUAUUUUUCAAAAAAAUAA